CGGAAGUGCCCCCGUCCCUGCGCCUAGUCCCCGCCGGGAGCCCGGGAGUUCAGGAGCCCCGGAGUGGCGCCCUCAGUGCGGCCUGUGCGGCCCGGGAGGCGCGGGUGCCCGGGGGCCCAGAGAGAGGCCGGAGGUGCAGGACUCGGACCACGGACCCGGUCGCCUCUUCCCGGCCAGCCGGGCGUCUAUUGAAGACUUGAACAAGUGGGCCCUAUUUCUUGUGUCUCCUUUUAUACUUGAAGCAGAACACAUAGCAUUUGUGACGGAGAGCAUUUGGGUACAAAGUGAGAAUUUACAGAGAUCAUCCUCUUCAGAAACACUUACAUCAGUGGAAUGGGGGGAUGAGGUGGGAAGUAACCGUGGAUGUGAAUGCAGCACACCUUAGCAGGCCUCGGCGGUGUAUCGGCCAUCUACAGAACAUAAUAAUAACACUCUUCUGUGUGGCAACAAAGAUUGUCAAGUGGUCAGACUGUUGUUUGCCAUUAGCUUGCAGACCUGGGGAUCCCUAUCGGCUAAUUGCUGAAGCAAGUGUGGACAACUUCAGCAAGCUGGGGGUGGCGUUCAUGGAAGAUAGACUCCACAUGGAUAAUGGACUGGUACCCCAAAAGAUUGUGUCGGUGCACUUGCAGGACUCCACUCUGAAGGAAGUUAAGGAUCAGGCCUCAAACAAGCAAGCCCAGAUCCUAGAGCCGAAGCCUGAACUUUCUCUUGAGAUUAAGCCUGAGCAGGACGGUAUGGAGCAUGUUGGCAGAGAUGACCCAAAGGCUCUUGGUGAAGAACCCAAACAAAGGAGAGGCAGUGCCUCUGGGAGUGAGCCUGCUGGGGACAGUGACAGGGGAGGGGGCCCCGUUGAGCAUUAUCACCUCCAUCUGUCUAGUUGCCACGAGUGUCUGGAACUUGAGAACAGCACCAUUGAGUCAGUCAAGUUUGCAUCUGCUGAGAACAUUCCAGACCUUCCCUACGAUUAUAGCAGCAGUUUGGAGAGUGCUGCUGAUGAGACCUCCCCCGAAAGAGAAGGGAGGAGAGUCAACCUCACGGGAAAGGCACCUAACAUCCUCCUCUAUGUGGGCUCCGACUCCCAGGAAGCCCUCGGCCGGUUCCACGAGGUCCGGUCCGUGCUGGCUGACUGUGUGGACAUUGACAGUUACAUUCUCUACCACCUGCUGGAGGACAGUGCUCUCAGAGACCCGUGGAUGGAAAACUGUCUGCUGUUGGUCAUUGCUACCAGGGAGUCCAUUCCCGAAGACCUGUACCAGAAGUUCAUGGCCUAUCUUUCUCAGGGAGGGAAGGUGUUGGGCCUGUCUUCAUUCUUCACCUUUGGUGGCUUUCAGGUGACAAGCAAGGGUGCACUGCAGAAGACAGUCCAGAACUUGGUUUUCUCCAAGGCUGACCAGAGCGAGGUGAAGCUCAGCGUCUUGAGCAGUGGCUGCAGGUACCAGGAAGGCCCUGUCCGGCUCAGCCCCGGCAGGCUCCAGGGCCACCUGGAGAAUGAGGACAAGGACAGGAUGAUUGUGCAUGUGCCUUUUGGAACUUGCGGGGGAGAAGCUGUUCUUUGCCAGGUGCACUUAGAACUACCUCCCAGCUCCAACAUAGUGCAAACUGCAGAAGAUUUUAACUUGCUCAAGUCAAGCAAUUUUAGAAGAUACGAAGUCCUUAGAGAGAUUCUGACAACCCUUGGCCUCAGCUGUGACAUGAAACAAGUUCCUGCCUUAACUCCUCUUUACUUGCUGUUAGCUGCGGAGGAAAUCCGGGAUCCUCUUAUGCAGUGGCUUGGGAAACAUGUGGACUCCGAGGGAGAAAUAAAAUCCGGCCAGCUCUCUCUUAGAUUUGUUUCAUCCUACGUGUCUGAAGUAGAAAUAACCCCAUCUUGUAUACCUGUGGUGACCAACAUGGAGGCCUUCUCAUCAGAACAUUUCAGCUUAGAGAUCUAUCGCCAAAAUCUGCAGACCAAGCAGUUGGGGAAAGUAAUUUUGUUUGCCGAAGUGACCCCCACAACGAUGCGUCUCCUGGAUGGGCUGAUGUUUCAGACACCGCAGGAAAUGGGCUUAAUAGCGAUCGCGGCCCGGCAGACCGAGGGCAAAGGUAGCGUGUUUCCCACUGUGGACUGUGUUCCAGGACGGGGAGGGAAUGCGUGGCUGAGCCCUGUGGGAUGUGCUCUUUCUACUGUGCUCAUCUCCAUUCCACUGAGAUCCCAGCUGGGACAGAGGAUCCCGUUUGUCCAGCAUCUGAUGUCCGUGGCUGUCGUGGAAGCAGUGAGGUCCAUUCCCGAGUAUCAGGAUAUCAACUUACGAGUGAAGUGGCCCAACGAUAUUUAUUACAGUGACCUCAUGAAGAUCGGCGGAGUUCUGGUUAACUCAACACUCAUGGGAGAAACAUUUUAUAUACUUAUUGGCUGUGGAUUUAAUGUGACUAACAGUAACCCUACCAUCUGCAUCAACGACCUCGUCACAGAAUACAAUAAGCAACACAAGGCAGAACUGAAGCCCUUAAGAGCAGAUUAUCUCAUCGCCAGAGUUGUGACUGUGCUGGAGAAACUGAUCGAAGAGUUUCAGGACAAAGGGCCCAACAGCGUCCUUCCCCUUUAUUACCGAUACUGGGUCCACAGUGGCCAGCAAGUGCAUCUGGGCAGCGCAGAGGGACCAAAGGUGUCUAUCGUUGGCCUGGACGAUUCUGGCUUCCUCCAGGUUCACCAGGAGGGCGGCGAGGUUGUGACUGUGCACCCGGACGGCAACUCCUUCGACAUGCUGAGAAACCUCAUCCUCCCUAAACGGCGGUGAUGCCGGGCGUCCCCAAGACGGGCCUGGGCCUGCCCUUCUGACUCACCGGGCCUGGCGCCUGGGCAGCAGGCGAGGAUGCCGCUGGGCUGCCUGGGGUCCGAGCCCAGUGCAGAACCGCCACUGUGAGCAUUCAGCUUUCAUCGCGGCCACCUGUCCGUGCCCACGCAUCUGGAAAUCUAAUUUAGAGUUGUAGGUGAAUUUUCUUUUCCUCCGAUUCAUUUGUUAAGUCUUUGGUUCUUUUCUGUGUUUCUGUUUUUUUUUUAGGUUUGUUUUGUUGUCGUUUUCUUUGGUGUUUGAAGAGGCUCUGGGAUAGACGGUUAAGAAGUAGAAAAUUUAGUUUAGGGAAAGCCCUCCCACAGGUGGGAAAUUGCUCUCCCCUCUGCGGCUUUGACUUAUGUUUCUUGUCAGGGGGAGCUUUUACAUGGAAAUGGCAAUGGGAGAGUUGAGAUAUUUUCUUAGUAGUGCAGACCUUUACCCCUAGUCUAUGAAAAAACAAACCAAAAUAUGCUCUUGGGCCCAGGCCGGUGGUGAGUUAGAGGUAUGCUAUCACUGUUUGUAAGCAUCUGGGGAGGUAUUGAACUAUAAGAACAUGCUUUGACACUUAGUCAUUGUUCUGUGUUUUUAUUAAUGAAGAAAAGGGAAGAUAGACUUCCAAGAGUUACUCUCCACCCGGUGGUGUGGCCCCAUAGCGAAGUCUAAACGCCUGUAGAGACAGAGCUAACUGGUGUGGUUGCAGUGACCUUGCAGAGGAAAUCAGUUAAUUACUUUCACAUCAUUCAGUGAGUUCUCCUUUCCUAAGGAAGUUUAAAUGUCCUUAGUUAGGGACUUACUUUCUUAAGUAAGUUUAAAUUUACUACAUAUUGUGAAGAGAUAAGAUCAAAUUCAGAAUCCUUAAAUGUCUGAUUAGGCAUCACUUGGAUGAGGAGGUGGGCGAUUUGGCUCUAACAGCUGGAGAUGAAGGCACACUCAUACCACAUACAAGGGACGAUUUGGAGCUUUUAAGCCAGUUUCAGAUUCACUCUGAAAUGUGGAGCAUUCCUGCAAGACUGUGCAGCUCACAGAAUAUAGAAGACAUGGCAUUUUACUCAGAAGUCAUAAGUUUUUGCCCCUCUCAUUUACCUCAUAUUACCAAGAAAGAAAAUGUUAUUGAUACUAAACACCAUCAGUUCAGAGGGAGGAUGUGUGUGUGUGUGCCCACAUAUGUGUGUGCGUGUGUGUGCGCGCACAUAGCUUUAAAAGAAGACAUUCAAAAUUUGAUGUGCUACAAGCCUCAUGAAAGAACAAAAGAAAGGAAGCCUUUUGAUAUGCAUUCGCUAUUCCCAGAUGUACGCCAUGCCUUUUCCAUGUCCCUCCUAUCUCUAUUGAACUUAUGAAUCAUACUUGUUACUUUUCAGCUUUAAAAGGCCCAUUUUUGUCCAGUUUUCUCUCUUCCUGCCAGUCCCAGCUGAAAUUAGUGGAAAGAAAGUUUGAUGGAGCUUUCAGCUUUGAACAAAAUCCCUUCAUUGUAAAGUAGCACCAUCUUUAUCCAGGUCUUACCCAGUCAGGCUAAUUCCAGAAACUUGUGGUUUUUAGUAUAAAAUCUGUCUACCUUUAGCCAGGCACAGGACAGCCCUAUGAAAAAAUACCCAAUAUAUAUUUUUUGGAAAUGAAACAUUAAAAGAACUUAAAAAGUAAUUUUUGGAAAUGAGGCUUCAAUUAGAAUUAUUUUUCUCAAAAACAAAACCAAAAAAAACACACAAAAAACCACUCUUCUCCAAAUGCCCAAGCCUUCUUUCGAAAUUAGUUAGAAACUUAAAUAAAAUAUAAGUCCACACCAUCCCCAAAUUACAAAAUGGACUUACCCUUGAGAGGGCAUCUGCAGAAUAUCAUCAGGGACAAAGAUCUCGAGGCUAACGAUGUAGGUUUCAUUUCUCAGACUUUGUAAUAUAAGGCAAGCCCUCUCUCAGAGCUGCCAUCAUCACUUUUUGAAUUUCUUUGGGGGUUAUUUAAUGAAAAACAUGCUAUGUUUUGUUUUAAGCUGAAGUCCUAUUCUGGACAUUCUGCUUUGGGAAAAAAUGUUAUCAUUUAAUUUCCUUUCUGCAAAUUAAAACUAAUGAAGUGUGGCCUUGUCAAAGGCUAUGGAGAUGUUCCGGGCAUACUGCUGUGCUCUGUGCUUUCCAGCAGGCGCUCCUCCCUCGCGCAGGAGACUCAGUUGUCCUGAGAGAGAUGAAGCAGCCUUGAAGCAGAUGCUGCGUUUUCCAUAAACCUGAUUUUGCCUCACAUGAACCAAAGACUCUCAAAACUCUGCUUCUAUAGAAUUAGCUGAAUAAAGGCAUUUUACUGAUAGCUGUUCGUGUUAGCGAAACCUGUCUACCUGCUAUACCACACUCUCCGAUUUGGGCCAUUUAUGCACCCCGCAACCUGGGAUCUCAAGGAGCUUUAAAGUCUUAAUGGGAACUUGGCAUUUUCCUCAUGAUCUUUAAAAUGUGGUCACUAAACUCAGGAUUGGCGUGUGCUUUAAGAAUACUGGAGUAGCCCUUGUUUUAGAGGCUGUGCAUUGAGUAUCGACCGUAUUUUGUAAAAGGCAAGAUAUCCUCCCUUCCAGGCUGGUAACAGGUUUCAGGGGGACUCUUGAGGAAGUGCCCCCUAAAAUAGAACACAGCAAUAACUGGGCUUCCUGUCCCCACCCCCACCCCAGCAGUGCUGUCUGGCACUGGGAACUCUGCUAGGGAGUGACGGAAGUAGGAAGGAUUUGUGUGCGAAGGAAAAUCGUGGUUGAGUUUCACUGCAGCAGGCUGGCGUCGCCUGAUGUGAGAGCAAGUGGCCGACUGGGGUGCGGGUACACAGGUCGGGGGAGCACAGGCCACAGAGCGCAGCCUCUGGGGGUCCCCCAAGCCACAGCAUAUACAGCAUGGUCGCCCCUUGCCCUGGAGUCUGGGAACAAAGAGAGGAGCCAGCCUCACCGCACUGCUUCAGAUGGAAAAGGGAGGCAGGGUGGGCUUCCGUUCUCCAGAUCUGUUUGCUCUUAACAGGCAGAACAUGGGAGAAUCCUUAUUCCUUGUUAAUCACUAUGCAUAUUUGAAAUAAAAGAAAGUGUAAGCCUCUGCAAUUUUAACUUCUCAAAGAAUCUCUGAAAAGAAUCACUUUAAACCAAUGCCUAUAAAAAGCAAGUCUACCAAAAUAAACUAAGACUUUCUAUGUG